AUGACCAUCACACCGGAUGUGCGCUUCGAGUACCUGGAGGGCAUCGCCGCCCUGCUCCUCCGCUUCAAGCCGGACAAGUGGGGCAAGCUGCUGGGCGCCGAGGAGAGCCUGGCGCUGUUCACCGAGUUCUUCGACAAGCCCGACGUGCUGGUGCUGGUGCUGACGCUCAACACGGCCGGCAUGAUCGUGCCCUGCCUGGGCUUCCCCGCCGCCCUCAAGACCAAGGGCGCCUACUUCAUCAAGAAGAAGCCGGAGAACAUCAGCAAGACCAACAUCAAGGAGUCGCUCAUCUACGGGGACAUCAGCCCGGCCCCCGUGGACCAGCUCAUCGCGGUGGUGGAGGAGGUCCUCUACUCGCUGCUAAACCAGAGCGAGAACAUGAGCGGGUGGCCCCGCGUGGUCUCGGAGGACCUGGUGAAGCAGGUGCACCGGCUCAAGAACGAGAUGUUCGUGAUGGGGGGCAAGAUCCGGGGCAAGACGCUGCUGCCCAUCCCCGAGCACCUGGGGAGCCUGGACGGCACGCUGGAGUCCAUGGAGAGGCUCCCCUCGCUGGACAGCAGCCUGUUGCACGCCAUCGAGACCAUCGUCAUCGACUGGUCCCACCAGAUCCGGGACGUGCUGAGCAAAGACUCGGCCCAGGCCCUGCUGGAUGGGAUGAACCCGCUGCCCCGGGUCGAGUUCGAGUUCUGGGACACACGGCUGAUGAACCUCCAGUGCAUCCAUGACCAGCUGAACAGGCCCAAAGUGAACAGAAUAGUUGAGAUCCUGGAAAAAGCCCAAAGCUGCUACUGGCCAGCCCUGCAGAACGUGUACUUGAGCGUCACUGACGGGCUGAAGGAGGCCAACGACAUUGUCCUGCACCUCAAGCCUCUGCGGAUCUUGCUGGAGGAGAUGGAGCAGGCGGACUUCACGGCGCUCCCGACCUUCAUCGCCAAGGUGCUGUACACCAUCUGCCUCAUCUGGGCCAACUCCAAGCACUACAACACACCCUCCAGGGUCAUCGUCAUCCUGCAGGAGUUCUGCAACCAGGUCAUGGACAUGACACGGACCUACCUGGGCCCCGACGAGGUGCUGAAAGGCCUGCAGGGUGAGAUCGAGGAGGUGCUGAACGGCAUCUCCCUGUCGGUGUCCGUGCUCAAGGGGCUGUACCGCACCUACCAGUUCUGCUGCACCAACAUGAAGCUCUUCUUCAAGGACAAGGAGCCGGUGCCUUGGGAAUUCCCGUCUUCUCUCGCGUUUUCCAGAAUGAAUUCUUUCUUCCGUCGCAUCCAGACCAUUGAGGACCUUUACAAAACGGCCAUCGAGUUCCUGAAGCUGGAGAAGAUCGAGCUGGGCGGCGUGCGUGGCAGCAUCCUGGGCAGCCUGGUCGUGCAGAUCCACGAGGAGGUCUUCGAGCUGGUGAAGGUCUUCAUCGACUGCAAAUACGACCCCUUGGACCCGGAAGACUCGAGUUUCGAUAACGAUUACGCUGAUUUUGAGACCAAAAUUCAAGACCUGGACAGGAGGCUGGCCACCAUCUUCUGCCAAGCCUUCGACGACAGCAACUUCAUCGAGUCCUGCGCGAAGCUGCUGUCCAUGUGCGGGAGCCUCCUGGAGCGGCCGCUGAUCCUGGCCGAGGUGGUGCCCCGCUACUCCGUCAUGCUGGAGCUGUUCGACGCCGAGCUGGACAACACCAAGAUCCUGUACGACGCCCAGAUCGCAGCCACGGCCGCGGGGGACAUCCCCCCGAUCCACCGCAACAUGCCCCCCGUGGCCGGGCAGCUCAAGUGGAGCCUGGAGCUGCAGGAGCGCCUGGAGGUGCCCAUGCGGGACCUGAAGCACAUCGACCACCCGGUCAUGUCCAGCACGGAGGCCAAGCUCAUCUACCAGAAGUACGACGAGAUGAUGGAGCUGCUGCGCAGCUACCGCGAGCGCAUCUACCAGCAGUGGGUGUCGCGCGUGGACGAGGACUGCCUCUUCAACCUGGGGCAGCCGCUCCUGCAGCGCGACGCCUCGCGCCUCAUCCGCGUCAACUUCAGCAAAGCGCUGGUGGCAGUGCUGAGAGAAGUCAAGUACCUGAACUUCCAGCAACAGAAGGAGAUCCCGAGCAGCGCCGAGACCCUGUUCUCGCAGUACGAGACCUUCCGGAAGUUUGUGGGCAACUUGGAGCUCAUCGUCGGCUGGUACAACGAGAUAAAGACCACGGUGAUGGAAGUGGAGUUCCCCCUCAUCAAGGCAGAGCUGGAAGGGAUCGACGUCAAACUGCUGACUGCCGAGACCACGCUGUUCUGGAAUGGCGAAGGCGUCCUCGCGUACAUCCAGGAGAUGCGAGAGAUUCUGCACAACCUGCAGACCAGGAUGCAGAAAGCCAAGCAAAACAUAGAGGGGAUCGCCCAGGCCAUGAAGGACUGGUCGGCCAACCCACUGUUCGAAAGGAAGGACAACAAGAAGGAGGCCCUGCUGGACCUGGACGGGCGGCUGACCAACCUGAACAAGCGCUACACGGCGGUCAAGGAGGCGGGGAUCAAGAUCCAGGCCAUGGUGGCGGAAAACGCGGAGCUGUUCCGAGCGGUCACGACCAGCCAGUCCUGGAAGGACUAUGUCAUCUACAUCGACGGCAUGGUCUUGGACGCGUUUGACAACUUCAUCCGCAUGUCGCUCAGCUACCUCAUCAACAACAUGGUUCUGGACGAGAGCGUGGCGCCGCUGUUCGAGAUCCACAUGGAGCUGAGCGAGGACGGGCUGGUGUUCUCGCCGUCGCUGGAGGUGGGCGACGACAGAGGCUUCCUGGCGCUCAUCGAGAGCAUCAUCAACGACAUCUACAACGUGGCCAAGCUCAUCCCCCGCCUGGCCAGGGGCCGGGUCAACUACAAGUCGGACCUGGAGGACACGGCGGACCUGAUGGAGAUGCGCGAGGAGAUGUCCAGCCUGGUGAUGGGGGCCAUGAAGGAGGCCGAGGAGUUCCAGGACUCGUUCGAGCGCUACUCCUACCUGUGGGCGGACGACCUGCAGGAGUCCAUGAAGAACUUCCUCACCUACGGCCGCGUCAUCACCCUGGAGGACCUGGACCUGCGGCCCGAGGAGCUGGUCACCAAGUCGCCGCCCACCCUCACGCAGUUCCAGCAGCAGAUCGACUCGUACGAGCGGCUGUACGAGGAGGUGUCGCGGUGCGAGAACACGCAGGUGUUCAGCGGGUGGCUGCAGUGCGACUGCCGGCCCUUCAAGCAGGCGCUGCUCAACACCAUCAAGCGCUGGAGCUUCAUGUUCAAGCGCCACCUGAGCAACCACGUGGUCAGCAGCCUCGGUGACCUGGAGGCCUUCAUGAAAGCCGCCAGGGCCGGCCUGAAGACGCUGGUCAGGGAAGGGGACUACGACGGCCUGGUGGAGGUGAUGGGGCACCUGAUGAAGGUGAAGGAGCGGCAGGUGGCCACCGACAACAUGUUCGAGCCCCUGAAGCAAACCAUCGAGCUGCUCAGGACGUACGGGGAGGAGAUGCCGGAGGAGAUCCACGUGAAGCUGCAGGAGCUGCCGGAGCAGUGGACCAACACCAAGAAGCUGGCCAUCCUGGUGAAGCAGAACGUGGCGCCCCUGCAGGCCAACGAGGUCAACAUCCUGCGGAGGAAGUGCCAGCAGUUCGAGAUCAAGCAGCACGAGUUCAGGGAGAAGUUCAGGCAGGAGGCCCCGUUCACCUUCAGCGACCCCGAGCCCUACCAGUCCCUGAAUAAGGAACAAAAGAGCAUUCUGGCCAUGGAGCGCAUCAUGGAGGGGCUGUGCAAGUCGGGGAGCCUGUUCGAAGUCGCUGUGCCCGACUACAAGCAGCUCAAGGCUUGCCACCGCGAGGUCCGCCUGCUGAAGGAACUCUGGGACAUGAUCGUCAUGGUGAACACCAGCUUCGACGACUGGAAGACCACCAAGUGGAAGAACAUCAACGUGGAGCAGAUGGACAUCGACUGCAAGAAGUUCGCCAAGGACGUGCGGUCCCUGGACAAGGAGAUGAAGACCUGGGACGCCUUCGUGGGGCUGGACAACACCGUGAAGAACAUGAUCACCUCCCUGCGCGCCGUGAGCGACCUGCAGAACCCCGCCAUCCGCGACCGCCACUGGCAGCAGCUCAUGCAGGCCACCCAGGUGAAGUUUGAGAUGUCGGAGGACACUGUGCUGGCGGACCUGCUCCAGCUGAACCUGCACAAGUUCGAGGAUGAGGUCCGGAACAUCGUGGACAAGGCGGUGAAGGAAUCCGGGAUGGAGAAGGUGCUGAAGGUGCUGGACAGCACCUGGUCCACCAUGGUGUUCGAGCACGAGCCGCACCCGCGGACGGGCACCAUGAUGCUCCGGACGGACGAGGUGCUGGUGGAGACGCUGGAGGACAACCAGGUGCAGCUGCAGAACCUGAUGAUGUCCAAGUACCUGUCGCACUUCCUGAACGAGGUGACGAGCUGGCAGCAGAGGCUGUCCACGGCGGACUCGGUCAUCUCCAUCUGGUUCGAGGUGCAGCGGACCUGGAGCCACCUGGAGAGCAUCUUCGUGGGCUCGGAGGACAUCCGCACCCAGCUGCCCGAGGAGUCCCACAAAUUCGACGACAUCGACAAGGAGUUCAAGGCCCUGAUGGAGGAGGCGGUGAAGACGCCCAAUGUGGUGGAAGCCACCAACAAGCCCGGUCUCUACGAGAAGCUGGAGGACAUGAAGAAGAGGCUGGCUGUGUGCGAAAAGGCCCUGGCCGAGUACCUGGAGACGAAGAGACUGGCUUUCCCGCGGUUCUACUUCGUGUCCUCGGCUGACCUCCUGGACAUUCUCUCCAACGGCAACGACCCCGUGGAGGUGAGCCGCCACCUGUCCAAGCUCUUCGACAGCCUGUGCAAACUGAAGUUCCGGCUGGACGAGAGCCAGAAGCCGCUCAAGGUCGGGCUGGGCAUGUACAGCAAGGAGGACGAGUACAUGGACUUCGACCAGGAGUGCGACCUCUCGGGGCAGGUGGAGGUGUGGCUGAACCGCGUGCUGGACCGCAUGUGCGCCACGCUCCGACACGAGAUCCCGGAGGCCGUGGUCACCUACGAGGAGAAGCCCCGGGAGCAGUGGAUCUUCGACUACCCGGCCCAGGUGGCGCUCACGUGCACCCAGAUCUGGUGGACCACGGAGGUGGGCAUGGCGUUCGCGCGGCUGGAGGAAGGGUACGAGAACGCCAUCAAGGACUACAACAAGAAGCAGAUCAGUCAGCUGAACGUGCUCAUCACCCUGCUCAUCGGGAACCUGAACGCGGGCGACAGGAUGAAGAUCAUGACCAUCUGCACCAUCGACGUGCACGCGCGCGACGUGGUGGCCAAGAUGAUCACGGCCAAGGUGGAGAGCUCCCAGGCCUUCACCUGGCAGUCGCAGCUGCGCCACCGCUGGGACGAGGAGAAGAGGCACUGCUUCGCCAACAUCUGCGACGCCCAGAUCCAGUACUCGUACGAGUACCUGGGCAACACGCCCCGGCUGGUCAUCACCCCGCUCACCGACCGGUGCUACAUCACCCUGACCCAGUCCCUCCACCUGAUCAUGGGAGGCGCCCCCGCGGGCCCGGCCGGGACGGGCAAGACAGAGACCACGAAGGACCUGGGCCGGGCCCUGGGCACCAUGGUGUACGUCUUCAACUGCUCCGAGCAGAUGGACUACAAGUCCUGUGGCAACAUCUACAAGGGCCUGGCCCAGACCGGGGCCUGGGGCUGCUUCGACGAGUUUAACCGCAUCUCCGUGGAGGUCCUGUCAGUGAUCGCUGUGCAGGUCAAGUGCGUCCAGGAUGCCAUUCGGGCCAAGAAGAAGACCUUCAACUUCCUGGGGGAGAUCAUUGGCCUCAUCCCCACCGUCGGCAUCUUCAUCACCAUGAACCCCGGGUACGCGGGGCGCACGGAGCUGCCCGAGAACUUGAAGGCCUUGUUCAGGCCCUGCGCGAUGGUGGUGCCGGACUUUGAGCUGAUCUGCGAGAUCAUGCUGGUGGCCGAGGGCUUCCUGGAAGCCCGCCUGCUGGCCAGGAAGUUCAUCACACUCUACACGCUGUGCAAGGAGCUGCUCUCCAAGCAGGAUCACUACGACUGGGGCCUGCGGGCCAUCAAGUCCGUGCUGGUGGUGGCCGGCUCCCUCAAGCGGGGCGACCCCAGCCGCGCGGAGGACCAGGUGCUCAUGCGCGCGCUGAGGGACUUCAACAUCCCCAAGAUCGUGACGGACGACCUGCCCGUGUUCAUGGGGCUCAUCGGGGACCUCUUCCCGGCCCUGGAGGUACCUCGGAAGCGGGACCUGAACUUCGAGAAGAUCAUCAAGCAGAGCAUCGUGGAGCUGAAGCUGCAGGCGGAGGACAGCUUCGUGCUGAAGGUGGUGCAGCUGGAGGAGCUGCUGCAAGUGCGCCACUCGGUGUUCGUCAUCGGGAACGCGGGCAGCGGCAAGUCCCAGGUGCUCAAGUCCCUCAACAAGACCUACCAGAACCUGAAGAGGAAGCCGGUGGCCGUGGACCUGGACCCCAAGGCCGUCACCUGCGACGAGCUCUUCGGCAUCAUCAACCCGGCGACCAGGGAGUGGAAAGACGGCCUCUUCUCGACCAUCAUGCGGGACCUGGCCAACAUCACCCACGAAGGCCCCAAGUGGAUCGUCCUGGACGGGGACAUCGACCCCAUGUGGAUCGAGUCUCUCAACACGGUCAUGGACGACAACAAGGUCCUCACCCUGGCCAGCAACGAGCGGAUCCCCCUGAACCGCACCAUGAGGCUGCUGUUCGAGAUCAGCCACCUGCGGACCGCCACGCCGGCCACCGUCUCCAGGGCCGGCAUCCUCUACAUCAACCCUGCCGACCUGGGCUGGAACCCCGUGGUGAGCAGCUGGAUUGAGAGGCGCAAGGUGCAGUCGGAGAAGGCCAACCUCAUGAUCCUCUUCGACAAGUACCUGCCCUUGUGCCUGGACAAGCUGCGCUUUGGCUUCAAGAGGAUCACGCCGGUGCCCGAGGUCACGGUGACCCAGACCAUCCUGUACCUGCUCGAGUGCUUGCUCACCGAGCGCAACACGCCGCCCGACUCGCCCAAGGAGCUGUACGAGCUCUACUUCGUGUUCGCCUGCUUCUGGGCCUUCGGGGGCGCCAUGUUCCAGGACCAGCUGGUGGAUUAUCGCGUCGAGUUCAGCAAGUGGUGGAUCAACGAGUUCAAAACGAUCAAGUUCCCCUCGCAGGGCACCGUCUUCGACUACUACCUGGACCCCGACACCAAGAAGUUCCUGCCCUGGAUGGACAAGGUGCCCCCCUUCGAGCUGGACCCCGACGUCCCGCUGCAGGCCUCCCUGGUGCACACGACCGAGACCAUCCGCAUCCGCUACUUCAUGGACCUGCUCAUGGAGAAGUCGUGGCCCGUGAUGCUGGUGGGGAACGCGGGCUCGGGCAAGUCCGUGCUGCUGGGCGACAAGCUGGAGAGCCUGAGCACGGACGACUACCUGGUGCAGGCCGUGCCCUUCAACUUCUACACCACCUCCGCCAUGCUGCAGGGCGUUCUGGAGAAGCCGCUGGAGAAGAAGUCGGGCAGGAACUACGGGCCGCCCGGCACCAAGAAGCUCAUCUACUUCAUCGACGACAUGAACAUGCCCGAGGUGGACAAGUACGGCACGGUGGCCCCGCACACCCUCAUCCGCCAGCACAUGGACCACGGGCACUGGUACGACAGGCAGAAGCUGACGCUGAAGGACAUCCACAACUGCCAGUAUGUGGCCUGCAUGAACCCCACCUCCGGCUCCUUCACCAUCGACCCCCGACUCCAGCGCCACUUCUGCGUGUUCGCCGUGAGCUUCCCCGGCUCGGAGGCCCUCACGACCAUCUACAACACCAUCCUGACCCAGCACCUGGCCUAUCGCUCGGCCCCCCUGGUGGUGCAGCGGAUGAGCGGGCAGCUGGUGGCCUCGGCCCUGGCCCUGCACCAGAAGGUCACAGCCACGUUCCUUCCCACGGCCAUCAAGUUCCACUACAUCUUCAACCUCAGGGACCUCUCCAGCAUCUUCCAGGGUAUCUUGUUCUCCACAACCGAGAUCCUGAAGACCCCGCUGGACCUGGUCCGCCUCUGGCUGCAUGAGGCUGAACGCGUGUAUGGCGACAAGAUGGUGGACGAGAAAGACCAGGACACGUUGCGCCGAGUCACCAUCGCGUCCACCAAGAAAUUCUUUGACGAACUCGGUGACGAGCUUUUAUUUGCGAAACCGAAUAUCUUCAGCCACUUCGCUCAAGGGGUCGGGAUCGGCGACCCCAAGUACCUCCCCGUGACCGACAUGGCCCAUCUGAGCAAGCUGCUCGUGGACGUGCUGGACAGCUACAACGAGGUCAACGCGGUCAUGAACUUGGUGCUGUUUGAAGCCGCGGUGGCGCACAUCUGCCGGAUCAACCGCAUCCUGGAGUCGCCGCGGGGGAACGCGCUGCUGGUGGGCGUGGGCGGCAGCGGGAAGCAGAGCCUGUCGCGCCUGGCCGCCUACAUCAGCGCGCUGGACGUCUUCCAGAUCACGCUCAAGAAGGGCUACGGCAUCCCAGACCUCAAGGCGGACCUGGCCGCGCAGUACAUCAAGGCGGCGGUGAAGAACGUGCCGUCGGUGUUCCUGAUGACGGACUCCCAGGUGGCCGAGGAGCAGUUCCUGGUGCUGAUCAACGACUUGCUGGCCUCGGGCGAGAUCCCGGGGCUGUUCGCCGACGACGACCUGGAGAACAUCAUCACGUCCAUGCGGCCGCAGGUCAAGGCGCUCGGGCUGACCGACACCCGGGAGCUGUGCUGGAAGUUCUUCAUCGAAAGGGUCCGCCGGCAGCUCAAGGUGAUCCUGUGCUUCUCCCCCGUGGGCUCCAUCCUGCGGGUCCGGGCCCGGAAGUUCCCCGCCGUGGUCAACUGCACGGCCAUCGACUGGUUCCACGAGUGGCCGGAGGAUGCCCUGGUGUCGGUCAGCGCCCGCUUCCUGAGGAAGACGGAAGGCAUUUUGCCGGAAGUCAAGGCCUCCAUCAGCCUGUUCAUGGCCUACGUGCACACCACGGUCAACGAGAUGUCCAAGGUGUACCUGGCCACCGAGCGGCGCUACAACUACACCACGCCCAAGACCUUCCUGGAGCAGAUCAAGCUCUACCAGAGCCUGCUGGCCAAGAAGCGGGCGGAGCUGGUGGCCAAGAUCGAGCGGCUGGAGAACGGGCUGAUGAAGCUGCAGAGCACGGCCUCACAGGUGGACGACCUGAAGGCCAAGCUGGCCAUCCAGGAGGCGGAGCUCGUGCAGAAGAAUGAGAACGCGGACAAGCUGAUCCACGUGGUGGGCGUGGAGACGGAGAAGGUCAGCAAGGAGAAGGCCAUCGCCGACGAGGAGGAGGUCAAGGUGGAGGUCAUCAACAAGAACGUCACCGAGAAGCAAAAGGCUUGUGAAACGGACCUGGCCAAGGCGGAGCCGGCCCUGCUGGCCGCGCAGGAGGCUCUGGACACGCUGAACAAGAACAACCUGACGGAGCUGAAGUCCUUCGGGUCCCCGCCGGACGCCGUGGUCAACGUCACGGCCGCCGUGAUGAUCCUGACCGCGCCCGGGGGCAAGAUCCCCAAGGACAAGAGCUGGAAGGCGGCGAAAAUCAUGAUGGGCAAAGUGGACACGUUCCUGGACUCCCUCAAGAGGUUCGACAAGGAGCACAUCCCCGAGGCCUGCCUCAAAGCCUUCAAGCCCUACCAAGGCAACCCGACCUUCGACCCCGAGUUCAUCCGCUCCAAGUCCACGGCGGCCGCGGGGCUGUGCUCCUGGUGCAUCAACAUCGUGCGCUUCUACGAGGUGUACUGCGACGUGGCGCCCAAGCGGCAGGCGCUGGAGGAGGCCAACGCCGAGCUGGCCGAGGCCCAGGACAAGCUGUCGCGGAUCAAGAACAAGAUCGCCGAACUCAACGCCAACCUGAGCAACCUGACGUCGGCGUUUGAAAAAGCCACGGCUGAGAAAAUCAAGUGCCAGCAGGAGGCCGACGCCACCAACAGGGUGAUCUCGCUGGCCAACAGGCUGGUGGGCGGCCUGGCGUCCGAGAACGUCCGCUGGGCGGAGUCGGUGCAGAGCUUCAGGUCCCAGGGGGUCACGCUGUGCGGGGACGUGCUGCUCAUCUCGGCCUUCGUCUCCUACGUGGGCUACUUCACCAAGAAGUACCGGAACGAGCUGAUGGAGAAGUUCUGGGUCCCCUACAUCAACAAGUUAAAGGUCCCCAUCCCCAUCACGGAGGGUCUGGACCCCUUGAGCCUGCUCACUGACGAUGCGGGCGUGGCCACGUGGAACAACCAGGGGCUCCCCAGCGACCGCAUGUCCACGGAGAACGCCACCAUCCUGUGCAACACGGAGCGCUGGCCGCUCAUCGUGGACGCCCAGCUGCAGGGCAUCAAGUGGAUCAGGAACAAGUUCGGCAGCGACCUGAAGGCCAUCCGCCUGGGGCAGAAGAGCUACCUGGACAUCAUCGAGCGCGCCAUCUCCGAGGGGGACACCUUGCUCAUUGAGAACAUCGGCGAGACCGUGGACCCCGUGCUGGACCCACUCCUGGGCAGGAACACGAUUAAAAAGGGAAAGUACAUCAAGAUCGGCGACAAGGAGGUGGAGUACCACCCGCAGUUCCGCCUCAUCCUGCACACCAAGUACUUCAACCCCCACUACAAGCCCGAGAUGCAGGCCCAGUGCACGCUCAUCAACUUCCUGGUCACCCGGGACGGCCUGGAGGACCAGCUGCUGGCCGCCGUGGUGGCCAAAGAGCGCCCGGACCUGGAGCAGCUCAAGGCGAACCUCACCAAGUCCCAGAACGAGUUCAAGAUCAUCCUGAAGGAGCUGGAGGACUCGCUGCUGGCCCGCCUGUCGGCCGCCUCCGGCAACUUCCUGGGAGACACGGCGCUGGUGGAGAACCUGGAGACGACGAAGCACACGGCCAGCGAGAUCGAGGAGAAGGUGCUGGAGGCAAAAAUCACAGAAGUGAAGAUCAAUGAGGCGCGAGAGAACUACCGGCCGGCGGCCGAGCGGGCGUCCCUGCUGUACUUCAUCCUCAACGACCUCAACAAGAUCAGCCCCAUCUACCAGUUCUCCCUCAAGGCCUUCAACGUGGUCUUCGAGAAGGCCAUCCAGCGGACGGCGCCCGCCGACGAGGUGCGCCAGCGGGUGGUAAACCUGACGGACGAGAUCACCUACUCCAUCUACGUGUACACGGCCCGCGGGCUCUUCGAGCGCGACAAGCUCAUCUUCCUGGCCCAGGUCACCUUCCAGGUCUUGUCCAUGAAGAAGGAGCUGAACCCGGUGGAGCUGGACUUCCUCCUGCGAUUCCCGUUCAAGGCCGGGCUGGUGUCGCCUGUGGACUUCCUGCAGAACCAGGGCUGGGGCGGCAUCAAGGCCCUCUCGGACAUGGACGAGUUCAAGAACCUGGACAAUGACAUCGAAGGGUCCGCCAAGCGCUGGAAGAAGCUGGUGGAGUCGGAGGCGCCCGAGAAGGAGAUCUUCCCCAAGGAGUGGAAGAAUAAGUCGUCGCUGCAGAAGCUGUGCAUGGUGCGCUGCAUGCGGCCCGACCGCAUGACCUACGCCGUCAAGAACUUCGUGGAGGAGAAGAUGGGCAGCAAGUUCGUGGAGGGCCGGAGCGUCGAGUUCUCCAAGUCCUACGAGGAGAGCAGCCCCUCCACCCCCAUCUUCUUCAUCCUCUCCCCGGGGGUCGACCCCCUGAAGGACGUGGAAGCCCUGGGGAAGAAGCUGGGGUUCACCAUCGACAAUGGGAAGCUCCACAACGUGUCGCUGGGGCAGGGGCAGGAGGUGGUGGCUGAGCACGCCCUGGACGUGGCAGCGGAGAUGGGGCACUGGGUCAUCCUGCAGAACAUCCACCUGGUGGCCCGGUGGCUGAGCACCCUGGACAAGAAGCUGGAGCGGUACAGCACCGGCAGCCACGAGGACUACCGCGUGUUCAUCAGCGCAGAGCCCGCCCCCAGCCCCGACUCCCACAUCAUCCCCCAGGGCAUCCUGGAGAACGCCAUCAAGAUCACCAACGAGCCGCCCACGGGCAUGCACGCCAACCUGCACAAGGCCCUGGACCUCUUCACCCAGGACACCCUGGAGAUGUGCACCAAGGAGAUGGAGUUCAAGUGCAUCCUGUUCGCCCUCUGCUACUUCCACGCCGUGGUGGCCGAGAGGCGCAAGUUUGGGGCCCAGGGCUGGAACAGGUCGUACCCCUUCAACAACGGGGACCUCACCAUCUCCAUCAACGUGCUGUACAACUACCUGGAGGCCAAUCCCAAGGUGCCCUGGGACGACCUCCGCUACCUGUUUGGGGAGAUCAUGUACGGCGGACACAUCACGGACGACUGGGACCGCCGGCUGUGCAAGACCUACCUGGUGGAGUACAUCCGGGCUGAGAUGCUGGAGGGCGAGAUCCAGCUGGCCCCCGGCUUCCAGAUCCCCCCCAACCUGGACUACAAGGGUUACCACGAAUAUAUCAACGAGAACCUGCCCCCCGAGAGCCCCUACCUGUACGGCCUGCACCCCAACGCGGAGAUCGGCUUCCUGACGGUCACCUCGGAGAAGCUGUUCCGCACGGUCCUGGAGAUGCAGCCCAAAGAGACGGACUCCGGCGCCGGCACCGGGGUGUCCCGUGAGGAGAAGGUGAAGGCCGUGCUGGACGAGAUCCUGGAGAAGAUCCCGGAGUCAUUCAACAUGGCCGAGAUCAUGGCGAAGGCGGCGGAGAAGACGCCCUACGUGGUGGUGGCCUUCCAGGAGUGCGAGCGCAUGAACAUCCUGACCAACGAGAUGCGCCGCUCGCUCAAGGAGCUCAACUUGGGGCUGAAGGGGGAACUGACCAUCACGACAGACAUGGAAGAUCUGUCCACGGCGCUAUUUUACGACACGGUGCCCGAAACGUGGAUGGCCCGGGCCUACCCGUCCAUGAUGGGCCUGGCAGCCUGGUACACGGACCUGGUGCUCCGCAUCAGGGAGCUGGAGGCCUGGACCACGGACUUCGCCCUGCCCACCACCGUGUGGCUGGCCGGCUUCUUCAACCCCCAGUCCUUCCUCACGGCCAUCAUGCAGUCCAUGGCCAGGAAGAACGAGUGGCCGCUGGACAAGAUGUGCCUCUCGGUGGAGGUGACCAAGAAGAACCGAGAGGACGUGACCGCGCCCCCCCGAGAGGGCUCCUACGUGUACGGGCUCUUCAUGGAAGGCGCUCGCUGGGACACGCAGACCGGGGUCAUCGCCGAGGCGCGGCUGAAGGAGCUGACGCCGGCCAUGCCCGUCAUCUUCAUCAAGGCCAUCCCUGUGGACCGCAUGGAGACCAAGAACAUCUAUGAGUGUCCCGUGUACAAAACACGCAUGCGCGGCCCCACCUACGUCUGGACCUUCAACCUGAAGACCAAAGAGAAGGCGUCCAAGUGGGUGCUGGCAGCCGUGGCGCUGCUCCUGCAGGUCUAGCCACUCCCCGGCCAGGCCUGACCGUCAUCGCCCUGGGACCAGCAUGGACUUACAGGAACUGAGGGCUGCUGUCUGUCAACACGGUCAGGGCCCGUGAGCGCGUGCGCACCUGACCAGCCAGACGGCGAGGGGGGGAGGGCUGUUGCAUUAAAACCACUGAG